AUGAGAAAGCAGCAGCAGCAGCAGCAGCAGCAGCAGCAGCAGCAGCAGCAGCAGCAGCAGCAGCAACGGCCUCACAUGAGCAGAGCGAGCCGAAGAACCGACGGUGAGGAAGCCGCCGCCGCCGUCAUCGCCGCCGGAGCACCGUCCGCAACCUACAACAACCUUCCCCCGCGUCUCACAACACCCCGAUUCUUCGCUGCCGCUGCGCGCGCCUCGCAAUCCCUCAGAAUGGCUUCCACGACAUCCCUCCCGAGGCUGCCCCUCUUCGAAGCCAUCUCCCGCCACGACCCCGAGUCCACCGCCGUCGUUCACUCCCUCUCAGGCCGCCGCUUCAAGUACGGAGAGCUGCUCGGCGAUGUGCGCCGCGCGCGGAACCAGCUGCUCGAGUUGUCCGGCAAGCCAGACCUCAACGGCGAGCGCAUUGCGUUCCUGGUGGAGAACAGCUACGACUAUGUAGUGACCCUUCUCGCCGCCUUCGCAGCCCAAUCCAUCGCCGUCCCCCUCUCGCCGGCCUUCCCCGCGGCCGAGCUCCAAUACAUCCUCAACCAGAGCGAAGCCUCGCUCCUGGUGUCCUCGGCCAAGUUCGCCGCCAAGGCGAAGGAGGUCCUCGCAACAGAGCUCGUCUCGAAGCCUGCGCAGCUCGAGCUCGAGAAACACCAUGGCGGCGCCCCGCACGAGCAGGUUGAGCUGGGCAGCCCCGACGCCGGCGGUGCGGGCAUGAUGCUCUACACCUCGGGAACCACCAACAGACCGAAAGGCGUCUUGCUCCCGCAGUCCGUCCUGACGGCGCAGUCCAAGUCCCUCAUCGAGGCGUGGAACUACACCCCGGCAGACCACCUCCUGCACGUCUUGCCCCUCCACCACAUCCACGGCACAGUCAACGCCGUCCUCACGCCCCUCCUCGCCGGCUCCACGAUCGAGUUCAUGUUCCCAUUCAACGCCGACGCCGUCUGGAAGCGCCUCGCCGCCCCCUUCAUAACCUCAAACGGUACAAACGGGACCAAUGGUACCAAUGGCGUCAACGGAAGCCACGCACCACCCCCCAGGGAGAAAAUCACCUUCUUCACCGUCGUGCCAACGGUCUACUCACGCCUCAUUGCCACCCACAAGACCCUCCCCCUCGACCCCGAAGAGCCCACCCGCGAGGCCGUCUCCCCGAAACACAUGCGCCUCGCCAUCUCCGGGUCCGCCGCCCUGCCGACCCCGAUCAAAGAGGCCUGGAAGACCCUCAGCAAGGGCAACGUCCUGCUCGAGCGCUACGGCAUGACCGAGGUCGGCAUGGCCCUCUCCUGCGGCCUCGACUUCGCCGACCGCGUCGACGGCAGCGUCGGCUGGCCCCUGCCCGGCGUCGAGGCCCGCCUCGUCGACAUGGACACCGGCGCCGUCAUCCCCCCGGGCGAGGACGUCGACCCCGCCACCGGCCGCGAGCGCUCCGGCGAGAUCCAGCUCCGCGGCCCCACAAUCUUCAGAGAGUACUGGCGCAACCCCGAGGCCACCGCCAAGGAGUUCGUCGAGGGCGAGGACGGCCGCGGCAAGUGGUUCAAGACGGGCGACGUGGCCGUGCGCCGCCGCGUCGAGGGCGCCGGGCUCAACGCCGCGCAGGCCUCGUGGGCCAAGGGCGACAUGUACUUCAUCCAGGGCCGCAAGAGCGCUGACAUCAUCAAGACGGGCGGUGAAAAGGUCAGCGCCCUCGAGGUCGAGCGCGAGCUGCUGUCCCUCCCCGAGGUGGCCGAGGCCGCAGUCGUCGCCGUCCCGUCGGGCAAGUGGGGCAGCAAGGUCGGCGCCGUCGUCAUCCUCAACAAGGACGUCGUGCCGCGUUGGUCGCCCAUGGCCAUGCGCAGGGCCCUCCGAGAUCGGCUUGUCAACUACAAGAUCCCGCAGGUCCUCAAGGUCGUCGACCAUAUCCCGCGAAACGCCAUGGGCAAAAUUAACAAGAAGCAACUGGUCCAGGCUGUGUUUGAAGACCAGUUUAGCGGUGAUGAAAUGUAA